AUGGCCACACCCGGCCAGCCCUCCCCCCAGCAGCUGGCUGCUAUGCAGCAGCAGUUCGCUGCCGAGGCGGCCAAGCGCGGAUUGACCCCCGAGGAGUUCGCCAAACAGCAGCGCGAGCAGUUGAAUGCUGAAGCCGCAAAGCAUGGAAUGACAACCGAACAGUACGUCACUCAGCUGAGGAUGCGCGCAAUGGCUGCCCAGCAAAAGGCUGCUGAAGUUCAGCGACAACUCCAAGCCAACGGCCAGAGCCAAGGACCCCCGCGACCAGGCCAGCCAGGCCAACCCGGACAACCGCAGACGCACACCCAGCAAGUUCCCGUCAAUCCGAAUGCUCCCAAAGACCCCAAGGCGAUUGCAGUUGCGCAGUUCCUGCGCUCUCAGAACCUGAAGCCGAGAACCUGCAUUAUGGACGGACAGCGGAAAGACAUGUUCAAGGUUAAACGUGCCAUCCGUGCCCUCGAAUCCCCCGCAUACGAGAAGGCUCGAAAGAAGAACCCCCUCCUACCCCCGGUGACCGACCGUGCAUCGGCUGAGAACGUAUUCAAGCUUCUGCCCCUGUCGGUUCUUGCUCUUCGAGUCUCUAAGGUUGACCCCCAUGCUGGCCAUGGUCAUGGAAAGACAAAGCGAGUCAAGGGACUAUGGACUGUGAAGAUUGAGCAGCACCAGGAAGCCGGUCCGAUGAUGCACUACGUUUGGCUCUACGAGGGUCCGCAAUGGAAGCAGAAAGCUAUGGCUGCUGCCGUGGUCGCCGGUAUCUUUGCAGUCGUGCUCUUCCCCCUCUGGCCCAUAAUGCUGAGACAAGGAGUGUGGUACCUGAGUGUCGGCAUGAUGGGAAUUCUCGGUCUGUUCUUCGCCAUGGCUAUCUUCCGUCUUAUUCUCUUCUGCAUCACCGUUUUCGCUGUUCCGCCUGGACUGUGGCUUUUCCCCAACCUAUUUGAGGAUGUUGGUUUCUUCGACAGUUUCAAGCCACUCUGGGGCUGGCAAGAGACUGGAAAGAAGAAGAAGUCUUCUAAAAAGAAGGCUGUUAACAGCGCAGGUCAAGCAUCAGCUUCCCAGUCUACAGAGUCUGCUCCUACAGCGACUGCAGAAACCGCACCCACAGCUACUACAACCGCAACUGAAAGCGCGGAUGCAGCUGGCGCAGUAAAGCGUGACCUCGCCCCUCGCGUUGAAGAGGUAGAGGAGUGA